GGUUGCUAGGGGCGGCGAUGGCGGCGGCGGCUCCUCCAUGGCGACGGGGCUGAGCGGGACCCUGCGGCCGGGACGCGGGGACUCCCCCUGGCGGAGCCAGGAGCCUUCGAUGGGGGGAGGCCCAGUCCUCGGGAAAAAGGGAGAGAGAGAGGCUCAUGUUGAAGCCAACCAGCUGCGCUUCUGAGUGGGAAACUCUGGACUGAUCUCAUGGCUUGCUUUUUAUUUAAUUAAUACUUCAUUAUCUCUGAAAAUGAACCUUAUGUGAAGCUCUUCUCCUAACUCUCCUUAUUCCUUUUCCACGAGGUGGCUGCUGUGCAAGGGAAGAAAUGGCACGAAGUAAAUGACUCCAGUAAAGCAAUCUGCUUUGCCCAAGUGCCCAGUGAGCAGCACUGUCACUUUAAUAAUUCCAGGUCAAGGGAUUGCUUUCCUCGUUUUCAAUCCUCUCUUUUAAUACAUGGGAGGAUCAGAGGGACAUUAAAGACCAUAAGGCUGGGUGGCUUGCAGAUAAUAAAAAUGGAAGUGACUGGCCAGUGACUUCUGUUGGGUAAGAGGGUGAUAUUUAAAGGCUCUUGUCUGGUGAGGAAACAGGGACCUUUUCAGUCUGCUGUGUAGUCACUUAAUACAUAGCUAGCAGAAUUCAUUCAAGAAGUGCAAGAAGUUUAAACAGUCACUUUGGAUUGCUUUUGUCUUCCUCCUUAUUUGGAUUCUUUGGGAGUUUUUGUCCUGCCAAUAAUAUGUUUUUGAGUAUGUACAGGUGGAGUAUUAAGACAGCUGCCUAGAGAUGGACUGUGCCUUAAUUAUAUUACAUAAAACCUUUUAAUUUUCAAAUUUUGCUGCCAGAAGAGGAGUUAUAAUAAGGUUUUAUACUGCCAAGGAACGUUUUCUCUGGUAUUUUUUAUAGAUUGAAAUACAUUUUAAAGAAAUUGAAAACAUCUCUUAAAUCAAAAAGCUUCUUUUCCCCCCCAUUUUUUUUUUUUCCUUACUGGUGGGAAGCAUCAGAAGUCCAAGUCAAGAAAACAGCAAGUAUUGAUAGAAAUGAAGACUGAAGCUGCAUUUCCUAACUGAACUGUAGAAGUGUGUUGCAGUAGCCAGUUCAGACCUCGCAGUGUGCCAGGUGUACGUCCUUCAUACCUGUACAUAAGGGCUUGCAGCCAGAUUCAGCAGUAGGAAGAAGAAUGCCAGUCAAGAAGAAAGAUACUGACCGAGCUUUGGUGCUGCUGGAAGAAUACUGUAAGAGACUAAAGAAGCCAGAAGAGCAACAACUGAAAAAAGCCAUCAGAAAGGUGAUGGGCAUCUUUAAGAGCAGCUUGUUUCAGGCACUUCUAGAUAUUCAAGAAUUUUAUGAAGUGACACUGCUAAAUUCCCAGAAAAGCUAUGAGCAAAAAAUAGAAGAAGCAAAUCAAGUUGCAGAGAAAUGGGAGAAGACAACAUCUGCCACAGACGAUGAAAAACUGCAGAAAAACCAAGAGUCUGCUGCUUCCAACGGAUCACAAGGAUCUGGACAAUGUGGUGAACCCAAGAAGGAGAACCAGACAUUUGAUAAUUAUGUGGUGGACAUGAAGACAAAGAAAUAUCGUUAUCAAGAUGAGGACGCUCCACAUGAUCAUACUUUGCCUCGAUUAACCCAUGAAGUGAGAGGCCCAGAGCUUGUUCAUGUGUCAGAGAAGAACUUGUCUCAAAUAGAGAAUGUCCAUGGAUAUGUCUUACAGUCUCACAUUUCUCCUUUGAAGGCAAGCCCUGCCCCUAUAAUUGUCAACACAGACACCUUGGACACAAUCCCUUAUGUCAAUGGAACAGAAAUUGAAUAUGAAUUUGAAGAAAUUACUUUGGAGAGGGGGAAUUCUGGCCUGGGGUUCAGUAUUGCUGGAGGAACAGAUAACCCACACAUUGGGGAUGAUCCUGGGAUCUUCAUUACUAAGAUUAUACCAGGAGGAGCCGCAGCAGAGGAUGGAAGGCUCAGGGUCAACGAUUGCAUCUUGCGAGUAAAUGAGGUGGACGUGUCAGAAGUCUCACACAGCAAAGCAGUGGAGGCCUUAAAAGAGGCUGGUUCCAUAGUACGACUGUAUGUUCGUCGAAGGCGACCUAUUCUGGAGACCGUGGUAGAGAUCAAGUUGUUCAAAGGACCUAAAGGUCUGGGAUUCAGUAUUGCAGGAGGGGUUGGAAACCAACACAUCCCUGGGGACAACAGCAUUUAUGUCACCAAGAUUAUUGAUGGAGGAGCUGCACAAAAAGAUGGGAGGCUGCAGGUUGGAGACAGGCUUCUUAUGGUAAAUAAUUACAGUUUAGAAGAAGUUACUCAUGAAGAGGCAGUAGCGAUACUGAAGAACACAUCAGAUGUAGUGUAUCUGAAAGUUGGAAAGCCCACCACCAUUUACAUGACUGAUCCUUAUGGCCCACCAGAUAUUACUCACUCUUAUUCUCCACCGAUGGAAAAUCAUAUACUCUCUUCUGGAAACAAUGGCACUUUAGAGUACAAGGCAUCCCUGGCCCCUAUCUCACCGGGAAGAUACUCACCCAUUCCAAAGCACAUGCUUGUGGAGGACGACUACACCAGGCCUCCUGAACCUGUUUACAGCACUGUGAACAAACUGUGUGAUAAACCACCUUCUCCUAGGCACUAUUCCCCUGUCGAGUGUGACAAAAGCUUCCUUCUUACAGCUCCCUAUCCCCACUACCACGUAGGCCUGCUCCCUGACUCUGAGAUCACCAGUCACUCCCAGCACAGCACUGCAACCCGUCCUCCCACAGUGAGCUUGCAGCGGACCAUUUCUGUGGAAGGAGAGCCUCGAAAAAUCAUCCUGCACAAGGGCUCCACAGGACUUGGUUUUAACAUUGUGGGAGGAGAAGAUGGGGAAGGCAUUUUCGUGUCUUUCAUCCUAGCAGGCGGGCCUGCCGACCUCAGUGGAGAACUGCAGAGAGGAGAUCAGAUUUUGUCUGUGAAUGGUAUUGAUCUUCGAGGUGCUACCCACGAGCAGGCGGCAGCUGCGCUGAAAGGAGCAGGGCAGACGGUAACGAUCAUAGCACAAUACCAGCCAGAGGAGUACGCUCGGUUUGAGGCAAAAAUCCAUGACCUGCGUGAGCAGAUGAUGAAUCACAGCAUGAGUUCUGGGUCCGGCUCCCUGAGGACUAAUCAGAAGAGGUCACUGUAUGUCAGAGCCAUGUUUGACUAUGACAAGAGCAAAGACAGUGGCCUCCCAAGCCAAGGACUCAGUUUUAAGUAUGGAGACAUCCUUCAUGUCAUCAACGCCUCGGACGAUGAGUGGUGGCAGGCGAGGAGGGUCACUCUGGAAGGAGACAGUGAAGAGAUGGGAGUUAUACCCAGCAAGAGGAGAGUUGAAAGAAAGGAACGAGCACGUUUGAAGACGGUGAAAUUCAAUGCGAAGCCUGGUGUAAUUGAUGCAAAAGGGUCAUUCAAUGACAAGCGUAAAAAGAACUUCAUCUUUUCACGAAAAUUCCCAUUCUACAAGAGCAAGGAGCAGAGUGAGCAGGAAACAAGUGAUCCAGAACGAGGCCAAGAAGACUGCAUCCUUUCUUAUGAACCUGUCACCAGACAGGAAAUUAAUUACACCAGGCCAGUUAUUAUUCUGGGUCCUAUGAAAGAUCGGAUCAACGAUGAUUUGAUAUCUGAAUUCCCUGAUAAGUUUGGGUCAUGUGUACCACAUACCACACGGCCAAAGCGUGACUAUGAAGUGGAUGGGAGAGAUUAUCAUUUUGUCAUUUCAAGAGAACAAAUGGAAAAAGAUAUCCAAGAGCACAAAUUUAUAGAAGCUGGGCAGUACAAUGAUAAUUUAUAUGGAACUAGUGUCCAGUCCGUGAGAUUUGUGGCAGAAAGGGGCAAGCACUGUAUACUUGAUGUGUCAGGAAAUGCUAUCAAACGACUACAAGUUGCACAACUCUAUCCCAUCGCUAUCUUCAUUAAACCUAAAUCAUGGGAGCCUCUGAUGGAAAUGAAUAAACGUCUUACAGAGGAGCAAGCAAAGAAAACCUAUGAUCGAGCAAUUAAAUUAGAACAAGAAUUUGGAGAAUAUUUUACAGCUAUUGUCCAAGGAGAUAGCUUAGAAGAUAUUUAUAAUCAAUGCAAACUUGUAAUUGAAGAACAAUCUGGGCCUUUCAUCUGGAUUCCUUCAAAGGAAAAAUUAUAAAUUAGCCACUGCACCUCUGACUACGACGGGAGAAUAUUUAGAAGAAAACUAUAAUAUACUAUUUGGAGGCUUUCCUGUUUUUGUUGCAUUUAUGUUCUUUGCAGUCAAUGUGAAUUUUGAUGAAUGUACAACACAAAGUGUUUGAAGCCAUGAAGGACACUAAUGGGUCAAAGGGUAGGAACAAAAAGACUUCUACCAUAUAAAGCAAAUCUGUUGUGUGCUCAGAGCACCAGUUGUAGGUACAAACUUUUGACGUGGAGACCCUCAGUCAAGGGGAGCUAGCCACCUCCUGUGCCCAUGCGGACAUUCUGAUCGGUUUCAAUGGCUGAGCUCAGUGUGUUGAUUGCUUUAAAGAGAAGUUCCCAGCUCUUGAACCUCAUAUAGGGCUUGAUUCUGCAAGGCACUCAGCACUUGACCCCAAUUCCUACACAUGAGUAGCCCGUUGACUUGGAGUCACUUGUGACCCUUCCCUGUGCCGUUCGGUCCCAUCAGUUCCAGUAGGACUAUUCAUGUGCUCAAAGCUAAGCACAGGCUUAAGCAUUUUGCUAGAUCAGGGCCACAUGCACCUUGCAAAAUCAAGCUCAGAGUUCUUGGUCCACUUCCUACUGAAGUCACUGGCAGGAUGCUCUUUGACUUGACUGGGAGAUGGGUCCUAUUCUAAGCUUGUCAUUGCACAUUUGUAGUUGGUACACCUCGACUUUGGUAACUAUGCACAUCUUCCGAUUUCUGAAACCAAGUCAAGCAUUUCUUUUUUCCCCUUUGGAAACACUACCACAUCAGGAACUAGUAACACUAAAGUUUAUCUUAACAGAGUUUGGGGGUGGGAGAGGAUGGAAGCAUUUCACAUCACCCACACCUGCACACAGACACAUUCCCAUGCGGACACACACACCUGUAUGAGGAUUCACAGCACCUAUGUUGACAAGGAGGGAUACAACUGGGAAAAGCUUUAAAAUUUUUGAUUGUCUAUUUUAUCAUUUAUAUUGAAAGAAGGCACUUAAAGAUGGAAUAAUUUAUAAAAAUAAAAAAUAUAUUGAUGUAUAGAAACUAAUUUCUAUAGGUAAAAAUGUUUUUGUGAGAUAUUUUGUAAAGAAUAAUUAAUUGAAAGAUUAAAUAUUUACACCCUUGUGUGACUGUAAAAUGUAAAGAGGACCAUCAAGUUGCAUUAUCCCUGUUCCAUAACAGAUUCUCUAUUAUUAAUUACAAGCAAAAUGAUUCCUUAAAUUGUAGUUGUCAUCUUGUUUUUCUCUUAAUUUAAUCCUCUCCUUUGUCUCUAUUUAAUCAUGAUUAACUCCUCUGGAAAGAUUUCUUGAACUGACUGCCCUGUAGGACCUUUUCUGAACACAAAAGGAUAAUGCAUCUUCAAAUUGAAAUGGACAAUUUUUCAGAAGCAAAAUGUCAGUGCCUGAAUGCCCUUCAUCAUUUCUCUCCUGGAGGGAGUCACACUUCACCCCCAAAUGUUUUAUGAUUCUUCCUGCUCCUUUAAAGGAAAUACCAAAAGCAUUUGAUCUUUCCUCUCUCUGCAGGCAGGCAGGUCACAAACUAACUUGUAUCUUCAUUCAUUUCACAGUCAACAAGGGUCUUAAAAGCAAAAAACUGAGGCAAUGGGCAUUUGUGAGGGAUUUGGGGAAAGUCUGUGGAACUGCAGUUUGAGGCGCAUGGAAGAGGAGAGGGGUGUGGGGUAUUUUCUCGUUUCACAUUGCCCUCCCUUUUAUCCUGACACCAUUCUUCACUCUGACACACAAGGGGACAACUGCAAGAGAUACUAUGAUAGUAAACUGAAUGGCCUUUGCUGCUGCUGGACCAAGUUUUCUGUAAAACCCACACUCUCCUGCUUGCUGCACUGCAGGAGUCCAGUGCUUAUCAGCUGGUGGCUACAGCAACCCUAAUGUUUAAGGACGUUUUAAGGGCAAAUGCUGAAUAGACUCCUCAGUUACUUCUCUAUUUGGAGCUGAUGUUUCUACACCCUGUCAAGGUGACAGGUCUAUCCAGCCAACCUCCGCAGACAGCGUGGCCAGCUGGAUGUUUGCAAUACAGCCACCAGCAGUGAGGGUUAAAAAUAUGGGCAUUUUAGUGGCCCUGAGGUGGCCUCACUUACUGCCCUACUAUGGUAACUUUGAGAAGUUCACACUUCUUUUACUGCUAAUCUUCUUGCCUGGCCAGCGCAGAUUUAUAAACAAGGGUUUCAGUUAAGUCUCCAAAAGAGCUUUGUAAUCAGAAGGGCUAGAAACUUCUUCAUUUUUUUGUUUGGUUUUUUUUGUUUGUUU